AUGCAUUCACUUAUCACCAAUCUCCUGCUUGCCGCAGGAUCUGUCCAGGCAGUCUCCACCAACUCUACCGAAACAACAUUCUACUUCAACGGAACCUGCACGGCAGACAAUAUCCGCGUCCGCAAGGAAUGGCGUAACCUGACGCCAUCCGAGAAGGAGGCCUACCUCACUGCUGAGAAGUGCCUCUUCAAUCUCCCGGCCAACACUACCCUCGACGGCGUCACCAGCCGCUGGAGUGAUUUGCAGGCCGUGCACCGCACCCUCCAGAACAUGACCUCGUAUGGUGUAUAUGUUGCGGAUAUCGUUCACAAUGUUGGACAAUUCCUGCCCUGGCACCGGUACUACAUGCAUACGCACGAAACCCUCCUGCGCACCGAAUGCAACUAUACAGGCCCCAUGAGCUGGUGGAACGAGGAGGCGGACGCCAACGCAGGAGAUCUGUUCCGCUCCGAGAUGUGGUCUGCCGAGUCCUUUGGCGGCAACGGCACCGGUCCGGAUGCCUGUCUGGUCGACGGUGCCUUUGCCAAUACCACUAUGCACAUCGGACCUGGGCUGACGAACACCGAAUACUGUCUCGACCGCGCGUGGACAUCCGAUUAUAUUGAAUACAUGGGCACGGAGAAGCUGGAUACUUGCAGGAUUCACAAUGAUUACUUUUCUUUCUUCAACUGCAUGGUGGAUUUCAACACGAGCCCACACGUUGCUGGGCACAACUCCAGUGGAGGCAUUAUGUCGGACAUCUACUCCUCUGCCGGUGACCCGAUGUUCUUCAUGCACCACAACUACAUCGACCGCGUGUGGUGGAAGUGGCAGACGGCUAACGCAUCCUCGCGCCUGUCCGACAUGUCCGGCAAUGCCUGGAACUACACCUUCUUUGAGGAGAACGAUAUUACCCUGCCAGCUUCCGUGAACCUGAACACCACUCUCGACUACGUCCUCACCACUUUUGAUAUCUUGCCUGAUAUCAAGGUUGAGGAGGUUAUGAACGCGCAGGGAGGUUAUCUUUGCUAUGAGUAUGAUUACUAG